AUGGCAUCUGAUCCGCAUGACCCUGCUGGUCUGCGCUGGCUCGAGACUCUGCUGCCUGGGAUCUACAUGUUGUCCGGCUUUGGAGGACUCAUCACCUUCACUACGGCGGUGGGCAUCUACGGCGGUCCUCGUCGCUAUUACUCGGAGCUGCAGACCUUUAUCUCGCUGGCCUGGCUCUUCUUCGUCCUCUCACUGGCCUUGGCGACCCUCACCUCUAUGGCACUGACGUUCCAGCGCCAUCAUGUCAAGGACGCCUUCGAAAGAGGGUACAAAUCCUGGCGCGGUGGCGCAGGCACUCGCACUGCUGGCGAGAGAGGUGUCGUGUUUGGUAUCGUGGUGCUCGGGGCCGGUCUCUGGCUGAUGCUCCUUGUGUGUCUUGCCUUUGUCUUUCUUAGCUUAAGCAUUGCUGCUUACAGCCUGGCCGUUGGUUGGAUUGCCGUUGUUGUGAGCGGGGCAAUGUUGAUCACCACUAUUGUCUUCUGGGUGUUGAUGAACCAGAAGGAUUAG